AUGAGACUCUCAUUCCUUACCGCUUUCAUCGCUACGGCUUGUUUGGCUUCCGGCAAGGUCGCGCCUGCCUCGCCCCAGGCUACCGGAACGCUCACCUCGCCACACCACCUGGUCCGACGCUUCGAUGCCGAUACACUGGCCAGUGACAAAGAGUGGAAAGCCGCGGUAUGUAGAGGUGGGCAACUAAUUGAUAGCAUGCUUGCCUCGGACGAAGAGGCUGGCCGCAACAUCCAAAACACGAAGCAAGCUCACCCAGCGUCGGCGCGGAGCGAGUGGCAGGGCGAUCUCAAACAGGAGCUGAGGACCUGGGGAUGGCACGAUUUCUACAGCAGCAGCGCGCACGCGGACAUGGAUCACUGGCAAGUGUCAUCAGUUGUGGAGGCAUUGGGUAUCAACGGGAAGCCCAAAGCGGAAGGCGGGAACAAUGUUCCGUACGAUGUCCAGCAUUGGGACCCAGAUGCAAAAGACGAAAAGGGAAACGACAUCAACAAGAGGAACCAAAAGUACAAGGUCGAUGACAAGGAGUACCGCGUGGGCUUUCCAGCUCUUACUGUCUCUUUGAUCAUGGGCCAGUUCCUAGAAAGUCCGGCUUCUAGUGCUGAGAGGAUCUGGAACCGCAAGCCAAAGCAGAAUGAGCUCCCCAAGCUUAGGAGGCUCUCAGAUGUCUUUUGGGGAUAUUGGAAUCGAGACAACUCAAACCUCGCAAACAUCAAUUACUUUUGGAUGAUGGAAAUCGCGAACGAGGAUACCGAGAAAAUCAUAGCUCGUACCCUGCACGGAGCGGAGAAGCGGAUUCGAGGAUGGCCGGGUGUCACUUUCGACAUUAACUCUGACGCAGGAAAAGCUAUACUUGGUUCCGCUAAUGGUGCGGUCUUUGCAUGGUUCUUGAUCCAGCACAAAGAGCAGCUUGGUAACAAGUGGAUUACCAAAGUGACAGUCUUUCUCGACGAUUCGGAGAUAUCGUGGAAGAGCGCGCAUCUACUCUUCUACGUCGAAGAUGUUCCCGAUUCCGGGAAGGAGAAGAAACCGGAUAGUGCGAACAUCGCGUUUGUAGCGCCUUAA